AUGGUGAGCUUUCUGGAGACUUCGCACGGCUACGUGGUGAACAGCCGGGCGUUCAGUCUUGGAGGCCCUGGUCGCGUCAGCCCACUGCUGAAGGCCGAGUGCAGGAAGCACUUGCAGGUGUGGAUCCGGUUGCUCGGGGAGGUCCUUGCCUCUGAAUUUCCGGGCUGGGACGUGUUGAGUGCCUUCGCAGUGUUCGAGCUGAAGCCUGCAGCAAGCCGCGUGCAGGAAGACGAAGACGUGCAGCAGGAAAGGACCGAGUUCUUGGCGAACUCUGCACAGCGACUGGCGCAGGUUUUCGACCUGAGCCUGGAAGACUUCGUUGCUGAAAUGGAGGAUCACCGACCACUGGCGCAGCACCUGGCCGUCUCGCAGCAGGUUGACUAUUUCUCGGCCUGGAGUGGUGCACUCCGAAAGACGCAAAAGAGAAAGUCAAUUCGAGAGAAGUAUCCUUGUGCAAACUUGCUGCAUGCGCUGUGCAAGUAUGGAGCUUUCCAAGGAGCAUCCACUGCCGGCGUGGAGCAAUUGUUUUCCCAGGUGUCCAAGCAAACCAGCCCAGCCAGGAAGCACAUGAAUCCUGAUCUCUUGCUGUCAGAGGUGAAGAUUUUUGCCGAUUGGAACAAAGCCGAGGCGGCCCACGUCGCGGAGGUUGCUCAGGUUGCGUGGACGUUGCUGGGCAAUGGCAGGCCCCGUGACACUAGCCAGACUGAGCGAAUGGACAAGGGUGUGAAGCGCAGCAUGGUCGAGGACCGCGGGGUGCCGGGUAAGGGUCUGGAGCGACGUCUGCAAGACGAUGAUUGUGGGCAAGACACCGAGGUUGCUUUCUUGUCCAACCGGAACAAGGCCGUCAAGGCAGGGAGCAAGCUGCGCAGAGUGGAAGCGGUAGUGGAUGCUGCAGCUGCGGCGGCGGAUGCCAUCAUCCAGUGCGAUGCCAGUCUCCAAGCGGAACUGGAUUUCCAACAUGCGAAACAGUAUGCCAACAAAUGCAACGCCUACUUGGAGAACACACUGUUGGCCAGCGAGGUGCCUGAGGACCUCGGUGAGGUUGCCCUUGCUAUGGCCCAGAUUCGAGAAGAAAAUCGGGCCAAGAAAGUUCGCCUGGAGAACAGGCAGGCAGCACUCAUGCAUCCAACGGGGCUGGACUGGAGGUUCUCCGACGUUUGGUUUGAGGAUGCAGAAUGGCAAGAGCUGCUGCCUUUGGGUCUUCUUCACAAUGUGGUGGCCAAUGUCAGCGAGGCUACUGUUUGGGUGGUCCUUGAUGCGGCUUCCCCUCCCGAGGACGUCCUCUGGACAGCGUCCCUGCAAGGCGGCACUAUCGUAGAUGUUGUUUUCGUUGAGACCAAUCGUCAGGGUGGUGUGGCAUUCCGUUAUGACCAAGCUACCCUGAUUCAACGGCAUGUCCUGAUUUCCCCAGAAUUCGAAAUUGCGCACAGACACCUGGCCAGUGUUGUGCGAGCCGCGGCGCGCAAAUCGACUUCGAAGUGGUCUCUGCUUCCAUCCUGGGACGCUUUCAGCGAGACGUUCGAAAGGCUGGCCGGGCCAGAUCUUCCAGUCAAGCGCCGGCAGCCCAUGCGAGUGCUUGCUCUGGUUCCUGAGAAGUUGGAGGUGGGCAUGGAGAUGAAGAGUGCUUCUGUAGCCGUUUUGCGUGCGUUCAGCGCGGCCUUUGAUGCGAGCUGGGAUGAAGCUCAAAAGUGA